CCGAAAACCUAGCUCGUUCCCCUUUCCUCCCCGAUUCAUCCGGUGUGGCGAUUUCAGUGAUGUGAGCGCCGGCGGCGGAUCUUGUGGCGCUGACGGCGACGUGGGAGGUGCGUAGGUCCGUCACACGUGCACAUCCGUAAGUGUUUCGCCGGUUACCUUCUUCCCGCGUGUCAUCCAGAAACGUCAGCUUCACGGUGACGAUGCCGACGCACGGCGGCGGCUGUGCGGGAUCUCGAUGCGGCGUCAUCAAGGCGACAAUUGCUGACGGAGAUGACCCUGGUGAAGCUAUGAGAAAAAAGUUCGAUGGCAUGCAUGAAAAAUUGGAGUCUGCUGCGAAUUCUGAAGAUUGGAAUAGUGUUCUCAGAAUAGUAGAGAAGCUGAUUCUUCCUCCUGAUAGUGAACCAAGGGAAUACGUAAUGAAAUUGGACCAAGAUCUGCAGAAGAUCGCAGCUUUGCAACCAAAAGACUGGCUUGUGAACAAGCUGAAGAAGCAGAACUCAGUUCCAUCAUAUGAAAAUCCUGUCCUAAAAUAUUCUGAUUUACAACAGUGGAUUCACAAGCUAUCAGAAGAACAAAGGCCUGUGAGCCUUGCGUUGGGAGAUUUUAAACUUGAUCUGAUUGAGAUGGCUUUUUUGAACCCAAGCCAAGAAGGUUCUCUAAGUAAUUUUAUCAGCUACUUCAGUGAUCGGCUGUGUAACAAUGACCAAAAUUUUACAUUUCGACAUGGAAAAGAAUCAUGUCACCUAUUGGAAUAUCAGACACCUAAUAAACAGCAACCCAGAUGGAUGUUGAUUAAAAUGAAGAAAGAUAAUGCUCGAGCCGAGAUUUACAUUAGGAGCGAUCACUUCUACCUUUGUGCUUUCAGUAACAAAAAGGGUGAAAUCUUUGAGCUUGUGAAGGAAGAUUGUCUGCGAAUAAUCAAAAGUUCUGUUGCAUUUGGCUGUAGCACAGACUACCCAAGCAUACUGAACGACGAAAGACCUCGACUGAUUCCAGAAGGUGAAUGUGAAAAGAGGUUGUUGGACAUAAUUCUAAAUAUGGAGGAAUUUUCACAUGGCAUCGAAGUGCUGUCAAACUAUGACCACAGUAUUCUGUCAAAACAUGAUGUGAGUGAGGCUGAAAAACAACGACUCAUUCAAGAAGUGCAAGAUGCAUUAGCUUGGAAUGUAGUGGUUUUAGCUGAAGUUUCAUGCAUCGUUAAUCUAUUUGUAUCCGUCAAUGGAAACUGGAAAGAGAGUUGUUCAAGCUUGACAAAACUCUUGUAUGAGUAUAUGAUGCAUUGGAAGGUAAUGUUAAAUAAGGCCCGCAACGGUGCCAUUGAUGCCAAGUUUGAGGACAACAUAGUGGCUAAAAUCUUGCUGCGAUUUAGAUGUGAAGCAAUUAAGGUGCUUAAUCUGCUGUGCAACGCGGAGGGUCCUGGAAUUAUUAAGAAUGGUGAAGAUGGCAAAGGAUCAGAGGAAGAUUCUGGACCAUCUCGUGGUAAUGACAAAGAGCAAAAGACAUCUGGAUCUAGCUCUGGACUGUCUGGACAUGGUAAGGACAAAGAAACAAACACACCUGGAUCUGGACCACUUGAUAGUUAUGAUGACAACCUGGAGGGUGACCGUGAUGGUGGAAAACAGAAGGAAAAUUAUAAUGAUAGCAGGCCAGGGACGAGUGAGAUGAGCAAAAUAGCAAUGGAUUUCAUGGGAGGAUUGAUAGUUGGCAAGAACUGGGUUCAGCCUUUGAUGAAGAAAAGAAGCAUGGAACCUUUUGUCAUCACAAAAAGAGGGGUGGAAUCUUUGAUCACCAGCAGAAGAAGCGUGGAACCUUUGAUGGUGCCAUUGCUACCUGAUUCUCUAGGAUCUGCAUAUGCAAGUGGUUUGGGUCAGGUCUUGUCAUUAGUACCUGAUUCUUCGAUGUCACAUGUACGUGGUUUGGAUCCGAUGCUGGUUAACUUCAUCAAGAAUUCGCCUGAGGAAGAUAUGGUUAACUUCAUCAAGAAUUCUAUCCCCUCACAACCAUAUUUUCCUACAGGCCAGACUCUCUUAGAAUUUUUUUCUAUCCACACAAAUUUGUGCUUAAUAAAGACUAUCAUACUUUAUGAUAAUCGCGGUGGUACUUUAAUAUACGAGUCCAAGGAAGGAGAAAAGGACGAGUUUUUAAAAGACGCUCCAUUUGGUUAUCAGAGGAUAUAGGAAGAAAACCUUAUGCUUUCAUGGAAUCUCUUGUUCUCAAAGGCCCGAGCCGUCCCAUGACUGCUCAUGAUGGGUACUGGAUCAUUCAAAUUAAUGUUCCGGUUGAAUCAUCUUUCGAGCCUGAACACCACCCUGAAAUACCUGGUCGAGUAUUAUAUUUGAAUGAUGAUUUCCUUGACAAACCCAGGGGCAAUUUAAUUUCUAUCAGAGGUGGCCUUGUUAACAUCACAUCAGUGACUUUCAGCAAUGCAGUUCGCUCUUCAAUCCGAUUUUUACUUUGUUCUCACCAAGAUGGCAGUUUUACUAAAGUGGAGGGCGAGCUUAUAUUAUCUGUUGAAAAUUAUCCAUUUGGCUUCACUAUUUUCAAAAAUCAAGUCGAGGAUGAUGCUGUUCAUUUCGUUAGACAGAGUGGCACAGUAUUUGAACUUCCGUUGACUCGGCAUGUUCUUGCACUGCCUAUAGGAUCUCGUGUACAUGUCUUGGGGACUUUGAAACUAGCGACCUUGAAAGUGUUUGUAGAUCAGUAUCUGGUGCUCGACAAGAAUGUUGCAUGGGCUGGAUGGACUGUGGAGACGGGUCUGUAUGCUGCUAUAUGCAUUGAGGCAAGUUCUUUUCUCUAGAGCUUAGUUAUAGGAAAUUUGGAAAUACUACUUGUAGUAGUUUAAUUAGCCCAUUGUAAUGGAUUUGGUGACCAUGAGCGGAUGAAAUAAUAGUACUAAAGAACCGCCGUGUCUGCAGUAAUAU